AUGCUCAUUUGCACAUAUUAUCAAUUAAUUAAUUACUUCUCGUCUUCUGAAGCUGCUGAUCGGAGUCAGGAUUAUGACGCGACUCUUAUACUUCUAGGGGUAUCCACAUUUCAACGAGCAAUCACUGUUAAAGAACGUCAAUUAAUCGACAUGAAUAAUAAGAAAGCCGUUGCGGAAGAAAACGUGCAGACAUUGGAAGACCGCUUGGAAGCACAGGCCAGAGAAACGGGCAAAAGUAUCACUAAGUUUGUGAGUUGUCUAUUCAAUAUUUCUACAUACUACUACGAACCGGAAAUAUACAGAAACGUUUCACAGACCAUCAGGGAGGUACAGCAGUCGUGUGGGAAUUACCUGUACAUAUCUCAGAGCAGAGAUAUCUGGAGGGAAUCGUUAAUCCACGGAUCUAAAUGUAAGCAUUGA